AUGUCCGUACAUGCGUUCCUCCGUACCGCAGUUCACUAUGUUCGCGGAACGAAGGCUCGGAACACGCGUCACAUCAGCUGUGGGGUCAAGGUCAUCCGGGUCAAUGCUGAGCCUGCCCGGGUGGCGCGUAGGCGUCGCCAUGGCAACCGGCCCACGCCACCUACGUACCCAGGUAGUCAAUCAAUUACCGCGAACGCUAUCUAA